GCCGCGGGCAGCCCGCGAGAAGGCCGGGAAGAUGGCGGCCCCCUGGAGGCUGGGCUGGGAGCCGCGGCUGCUUCGCUGCGUGCUGGGCUUCGGCGGCCGCCGAGGCCCGGCGGUGCUUAAGGGGGCUGCCGGGUGGUCCGCCGGCCGCGGAGCUAGUCGGAGAUGGCUUCACAGCACGCGGCGGCUGCAGGCUGAUCCUAUUAAGAUACUAAUGCCGUCACUGUCUCCUACAAUGGAGGAAGGGAACAUUGUGAAAUGGCUGAAAAAGGAAGGUGAAGCUGUGAGUGCUGGAGAUGCCUUAUGUGAAAUAGAGACCGACAAAGCUGUGGUUACCUUAGAUGCGAGUGAUGAUGGCAUUUUGGCCAGAAUAGUGGUUGAAGAAGGAUCUAAAAAUAUACGGCUAGGCUCACUAAUUGGUUUGCUAGUUGAAGAAGGACAAGAUUGGAAACAUGUUGAAAUUCCCAAAGAAGUAGGUCCUCCAUCACCAGCUUCGAAACCAUCAGUGCCUCACCCCUCACCAGAACCACAGAUUUCUAUCCCUGUCAAACCGGAAGUCACACCAGGGAAACUGCAGUUUCGUUUAAGUCCAGCUGCCCGCAAUAUUCUGGAAAAACACACACUGGAUGCUAGCCAGGGCACAGCCACCGGCCCCCGGGGGAUAUUCACCAAAGAGGAUGCUCUCAAACUGGUCCACUUGAAACAGCUGGGCAAGAUCACUGAGUCCAGACCCGCCCCAGCCCCUCCAGCUGCUCCCACGGUACCUCUGCCUGCACAGGCCCCAGCAGGACCAUCUUAUCCCCGGCCCAUGAUCCCACCCAUGUCGAUUCCGGGACAACCUAAUGUAGCGGGCACAUUCACUGAAAUCCCCGCCAGCAAUAUUCGAAGAGUGAUUGCCAAGAGGUUGACUGAAUCUAAAAGUACCAUACCUCACGCAUAUACUACUGUCGAUUGUGACCUUGGAGCUGUUUUAAAAGCUAGACAAAAUCUGAUCAGAGAUAACAUUAAAGUGUCAGUAAACGAUUUUAUCAUCAAGGCAGCAGCUGUUACCCUUAAACAAAUGCCGGGUGUCAAUGUAAGCUGGGAUGGAGAGGGCCCAAAGCAGCUGCCCUUCGUUGACAUUUCAGUGGCUGUGGCAACAGACAGAGGUUUAAUUACACCAGUCAUAAAAGAUGCUGCUGCUAAGGGCAUACAGGAAAUUGCUGACUCUGUAAAGGCUCUGUCAAAGAAGGCAAGAGAUGGAAAACUGUUACCUGAAGAAUACCAAGGGGGAUCUUUCAGUAUUUCCAACUUGGGGAUGUUUGGCAUCGAUGAAUUUACUUCAGUGAUCAACCCUCCUCAGGCGUGCAUCUUGUCUGUUGGGAGAUUCCGACCUGUGCUGAAGCUCGCGCAGGAUGAAGAGGGGAACGCCAGCCUGCAGCAGCACCAGCUCAUAAAGGUCACCAUGUCCAGUGACAGCCGAGCGGUGGAUGACGAACUGGCCACCAGGUUUCUCGAAAGCUUUAAAGCAAACCUAGAGAAUCCUGCCAGGCUUAUCUAGUCCUCAGAGAGAAGAAGUUGGUCUUUGCCUUAGUUAAUUGUCUAGUUGUUACCCAGAGACGUACACUAUAGGAGAACAAUCAGAUAUUUAAGGGUGAAGUGGAUCAAGUGUUUAUUUAUUUAAGGUGAAAGUUUAGCCAAGUUGUCUUCCUUUUCAACUUGGGUUUAAUGUUAUAGAAAUAAAUGAUAACAUUACUGUAACUGAUAGGAGAGAGUAUUUGGUUAGAUCCAUUUUUAACCUCUGGUGCUCUACAAAGUGAUGUUAAACUAGGUGUAAAUUAAAUUAUAUGUUUGGCUCAUUUGAGCGUUUUAGAAUGUUUGAGAAUGUAUUGUAAAUUAUAAAAUCAAAAAGUUUUUAGAACUCUACCUUCGUUGUAUUGAAAUUAGAAGUGAUCUGCAAAGAGGAUCCCUUAUUAACUUGGCAGUGGGGCCUCCAUUGUACAAGCACUGCUCUAGAUAAACUUGAACAGUUCAAUGUGUACAGAAAUUUAUUCUGGAUAAUAGUAAAUAAGCAAGGAUUGCAUUGUAUUGGGGGUUGUGGCAACAUUAUUGAAUUUUUUAUGUAUAUAAAACCGUAUGUUUUAGAGUGGGUUUUGUCAGUCUGAUUUUUCACUUCUAUGACACUGUGAACUAAAGAGGAAUAAAAAAAUCAAAAGUGAA